ACUUUGCAGCCGGGCGCCGAGUUUCAGACUGCAGCCUUGCUCCGCGUAGACCCGGGCCUCUUCGCCCCUCAUCCAAGUCUGCGACGGAUGUAUGCUGACAGGCAUCCUCUGAGCAUUGGUUAAAGCCCUACAGUAUUCACCUUUGCACCUCUGGUUUAUCUACUGUCGCCGCCGCUGCCUCCUCCAUCUCCCCCUCGCCUCCUCCCUCCUUUUCUUCCCCAUCCCCACCCUAUCAUCAUUUGCACCACCACCAAAAUACGCGCCCCUCUGGUAGAGUCAAAACUCCCCCUGAAGCGAUGGGGAGGGCAACACCCAUCCCCCCUCCUAUCUCUGCCUAGGCUCCCGGUUUUACUGCAGCAAUUGGAGGUGAGGUGACAGCGCCACCUCGGUCUCCUCCGUAGCUCUCAGAGCCCCUGCUCCCCCCAGUAACACGGAAGGCGCCCUCUCUUGAGAGGCUAAUCUCUGAAGAAGUGCGAACAGGCUACAGAAAAACAAAACAAAACAAACCGAAUUUUAAAAAUGUAGAAGUCACUAGGCUGCAUUCCUCGGAGAACAACCCAGUCUCCCAGAACUGAGUAUCAGCGCAUAGGAAGUUGGGACCUUAGAGUGAAGGGGGAGGGGAGUGGUGCAGCCGGCAUUCUCUUCUGGAAGGAGUCACUGCAAGCCCUGCGGUUGGACAUAAGUUUGCGUAAGAGUGUUUUCCUUUUGUCAAUUAUUAAUCACCGGAAUCAGUUUGGCAGAACUGGAGUUUUAGCAGUAGUGCAGAGGGCGGGGCCGAACACCUAACUCUGGGAGCCUCAGCUGUGCCCAACACAGUGACAAGCUAACAGAAGCUGGGGAGAAGCCAGAGCAUCUAAGCCCACUCUAAGGCAGGAGACGAAGAAAUAGAGCCCAGAGAGGAGAAAUAAUCUACACCAGAUUGUUCAGAGGAAAAGCAUCACCGAGUACCAAGCCUGGAUUCUCCUGCACAGAAUUGCUUUGAAAAGGUUUCCAGAAAGGAAGGACAGGAUAAGCAAAGCUACCAGAAGCUACCCGAUUGUCAACGUAUGAUGUCACUCACCUAUAACCCAGCACUGGAGUAUGAGCAUCGCGGUUCUCAGGACAGCCUGGGUGGCAUGGCAAGAGUGUCUCAAAAAGAAGACAACAAGAAGAAAAAGGCAGACUUUUCACGGCUUAAGGAAGAACCAUGGAUUUCAAGCGUGUGAAGGAGUAUUUUGCCUGGCUCUAUUAUCAAUACCAAAUCAUCACCUGCUGUGCUGUCAUGGAGCCUUGGGAACAAUCGAUGUUCAACACCAUCAUACUAACCAUUGUGGCUAUGGUGGUAUACACUGCCUAUGUCUUCAUCCCCAUCCACAUCCGCCUGGCUUGGGAAUUUUUCUCCAAAAUAUGUGGAUAUGACAGUUCCAUUUCUAACUGAUCUCAUCUGAAUUCUGUGAAAUGGCAUAAUGUAUUCACGUUGCUUACAACUUACUGACUUGGGUGACUGUAUCAUCUUUCACCUCUGACCUGACCAGCACUCUCUCUAUGCACUGUCCCGCACAUCCUGCCUGGAGUAUGAGAUAGGUUUUUCCCCCACUUGCUUUUGUACAUGCAACAUUGUGCAUCAGGUGAUAGAAAAGGCAAUGACUUUAACCCCCUAGCCCACAUUUGCUCAACUCUAUGGCUUUAGAUUUCUUUUGAAAUCAGGAUGCUUUGAAAUAAAACUUUUCUGGAAAAAUAGGCUUAUAAGAGACAUGACAAGGUCAUACUUACACUACGCUGUUCAUAUUAUUCUAUACUAAAGGACAUGUUACAAAAGUAUUCUUCAUAGGCUACCGUCAAAAGUACCCUGUACUUGUUUACAAUUUAUUAAAAGAUGGGAAUAAAUAGAUGAACCUUUAAAGUCUUAUUUUCUGGGAAAUAGCUAAUACCUAAAAUUCGUUUCUUCUUCUUUUUUAAAUUUUUUCUUUGCUUUAGCUAAAAUUCUUUUAGUUUAAAGUAACAGGCCAGAGUCAGUUAUCUUUUCUUCAGAUUUUGUUUCAGCAUCGUUUCAAAUGCUCCUGAAAUCUGGCUUUAUUACAGCUUUAAAGGAAUGAUUUUUUUUCUAGGUAAACAAAUAACUAUUAUACUAGAGAAUAAUUUAAGUUUAAGAAACAAAGGAUAAUCAAAGCAAAUUCCGAUACUGUGACUUUUGAUCACGCCCCACUUUCCAUGAUGCUGGAGACAGAAAAAGAGAGAUUGUUGUUUUGCUGUGCCUUCGGUGAAAGGAAGGGAAGCUGUGUGUCCUAGGCUACAGGAAGAAAAGCUAAUAAAUAGGCUGGAAGUAAUAGCCAGACAGCGGGGAGUCGGGAGCUCCAGUUAAAGGCUUUGAUACAGCAGCUCCUUUGCACAGCAGAAACAAGACUUAUUAAAUUUCUCUCAAAAUGUUUAUCUUCAAAGCAGAUGUAAGAUUUUAAUUAUAGUGCUGAGUCAAACAUAAGAGCCAAAGACCAAGCCUUGCAGCGUUUCUUUCCUCUCAAUAAAUAUUAACAUUAGUGAUUCUGGUAAAAUAAAUAAAUAAAUAAACCGGCUUUGGACAAUAUUGGCACCUUUGUUUUAGGAGAGAAAUAUUCCAAGGAGACAGCCAAAGAAAGAUAUUUGGCAAAAAUCAACCAGCAUGUCUGUUUAAAAAAAAACACAAAAUGUACAUUUUAAAGAG